CAUUUGCUUUUGAGCCCAGAACGCUUAGCUGAACAAAAGGACGAGUGCACACAAGACCUAACGUUGAAUCAGAGGUGCUGGGUUUGAAUCUGGGGAGCUGAGUUCGAAUCGAGGCUGCUGCUAAGCGAAUUCAGUGCCACUCGAAGUCGCUCAGGCUGAGGCGUGGAUAAGACCUAGCUGCAGCCCCUCCCAGUAGUCUCCUUUGUCGUGUGCCAUGGUGCUAGUGACUUUGUGCACCUCCAUAGUUUGCUCCAGGUCCCUUCCCUUUUGUACUCAUAUUUUCGUUGUGCACCUCCUUCCAUCCAUAGCUUGAGUUAGCCACUGAACCUCUUCAUCCUUGUUUUCAUUUUAGUGUUACUGUACGACGUCGUAAGCUGUGUGGUGGGAGAAGGUAGAGCGUUCAUAGAGAAGAACUCUUUUGUUGGCUAAUUUCUUUUUGAUAAAAUAACUUUUUCUCUGUCAAUUGAAAGUUCUCCACGAAAUUGAAUGGUACACGAAACUUCUUUUUCUCACCCACGAACCUCAACACACCCCUCUACAAACCUUGCCACGAACCUCUAUGCACCUGCCGCACCCGCCCCAAACCUUGUCACUUCUGUGCUCUCCUCCAUUGAGACCUCGCUAAAUACAUUACAUUCUUCAUAGAACAAAACCACUUCCGAUUCUGCCUCCUAAUUUCCCUUCCACUUCCAGUCUCAAUCAGAGAACAACAAUCCUUUUAGACCAGCUAGAAGCAGUUCUAGACCUCACAUUCCUACAAACUUGCAUUCUGCAUCUGCUUGGUCAACUUGUGUAGAAUCAUGGCCAAAGCUGAAGGUGGCAAGGAACCAAUAAAUGAACAAGCAGUUGCAAAUAUGUAUGCUUCUAUGAGGUCUGAGCUCAACCAAAUUUACUCCAAAAUAACUGAACUGGAGAUGGAAGUCAGUGAGCACACAUUAGUCAUCAAUGCCAUUCAGCCUCUUGACCAAACUAGACGUUGCUACCGAAUGAUUGGAGGGGUGCUUGUGGAGAGAACCAUCAAAGAGGUCUUGCCUGCCGUGCAGCGAAAUAAAGACGGUCUUGAAGAGGUUGUUGCAAGGCUUAAUGAGGCACUGGAAAAGAAGAAAAAGGAAAUUACUGAGUUUGAGGCUAAAUAUAAAAUCAGGAUAAGGAAGGCUGAUGCUGAGGUGAAGGAUGAAUCUGGUAGGAAGGAAGGGUCUGCUCAAGGAGUUCUUGUGGGUCCUGCUGGUGGAAGUGAAUGAUUUGUCAAAUUUUAUUGUGUUUUCUCAAACUAUUUGCCAAAAUUUUCUGCCUUUCUUUACAAUUGGGUGGAGGAAGUAUUAUGCUUUGCUUUACAGAGUAUUGACUAAAUUAUUUAUAACUUGAUAUGACCUUCAGUUUAAUUGCUUUGGCUGAAAAAAACUGUUCUUUAUUGCGUGUA